GAAUUGAAGGAAGUCUAGUGGCCAUUUAGACAAACAACUCUGACAGUGCGAUCAGUGUUGGCUCAACGCGCUGCAGUACUCUGUAUGGCUGAGACAGACAGAACGCUUUGGAAUGAGAGAGGCCCUUCUGAAGAAUAAGUUAGAGAUAGUAGAGAGCUAUGCUGGGAUCACUAGCAGUCUGUUGGAUCCAGCUCGAUUUGGGUUUGGAGGUGGAUUUGAAGAGACAAAAGGUAGAUCUACACACGAACAUGUUUAAAAGAUGGAUGCAUGUGCUCUGCUGGUAGAUCUUGGCUGUCUCCGAUGAAAAAAACCCUGAUUGGUCCAUAGCAGUGAGCAGGAAGUGUUGACCCCGUCCUUCCUCCAGCUGGGCACUAUGGGAUCGUCCACACUGGGGAAGGCAGCAUCUCUGGAUGCUCUCUUAAAUGAAUGCAUUCAUGCAUUUGAUGACAGUGGGGAGCUGCAGGCCAACUUGCUCCCUCGCAGCCUGCUGCUCAUGCAUCGCUGGUACAUCACAUCCUCAGAACUGGCGGGAAAACUACUGAUGAUGUACCGUGACUGCAAAGGUGACGGCUGCCAGAGAACCAGGUUUAAGAUUUGUUAUUUAAUGAGGUACUGGAUUGUGACAUUCCCUGCAGAGUUCAACCUGGACCUGGAUCUGAUCCGGAUGACAGAGGAGUUCAGAGAUGUGGCUGCUCAGCUCGGCUGUAACGAGCAUUUCAAGCUCCUCGACAUCUCCACCAUUCCAUCAUAUGACUGGAUGCGUAAGUUGACCCAGCGCAAGAAGCAGGCAAAGAAAGGCAAGGCAUCACUGCUGUUUGACCACCUGGAGCCCAUGGAGCUGGCUGAGCAUCUCACCUUCCUGGAGUUCAAGUCUAUACGGAGGAUAUCGUUUACUGAUUACCAGAGCUACGUUAUCCACGGCUGCCUGGUGGACAACCCAACUCUGGAGCGAUCCAUCGCUCUGUUCAAUGGAGUGUCACAGUGGGUCCAGCUCAUGGUGCUCAGCAAGCUAACACCUCAGACCCGCGCAGAGGUUAUUACCAAAUACAUCCAUGUGUCUCAGAAACUUCUGCAGCUGCAGAACUUCAACACUCUGAUGGCAGUGGUGGGGGGACUGAGCCACAGCUCCAUUUCUCGACUAAAGGAGACUCACACUUAUCUGGCUCCAGAAGUUGUGAAGAUCUGGAGCGAGAUGACAGAGCUGGUCUCUUCCAACAACAACUACUCCUGUUACCGAAAGGCCUUCAGUGAAUGCCAGGGCUUUAAAAUCCCCAUCCUGGGUGUGCACCUUAAGGACCUGAUCGCAGUUCAUGUCGUCUUUUCUGACUGGGUUCAUGACAGUAAGAAGAUGAACCUGGUGAAGAUGCAUCAGCUCUACAUCACCUUCAAUGAGUUGGUGUCACUGCAGAGUGUAGUGGCCCAGGUGGAGCCCAACAUGGACCUCAUCUACCUGUUAACGCUUUCUUUAGACCUUUACUACACCGAAGAUGAGAUUUAUGAGCUGUCAUUGCUAAGGGAACCACGUAACCCCAAAUCAUUGCCCACCUCUCCAACGACUCCCAACAAGCUCCUGGUCCCACUGGACUGGGCCUCUGGGGUCUCCACCAAACCAGACCCUUGUGUGGUCAAUAAACACAUCAGGAAGGUGGUGGAUUCUGUGUUCAGGAAUUAUGACCAUGACCAUGAUGGCUAUAUUUCUCAAGAGGACUUUGAGAGCAUCGCUGCUAAUUUUCCCUUCCUGGACUCCUUCUGCGUUUUGGACAAAGAUCAAGAUGGAUUGAUCAGUAAGGAUGAGAUGAUGGCAUAUUUCCUCCGGGCCAACCCACUGCUCAAGUGUAAGAUGGGUCCAGGUUUCAUCCACAGCUUCCAGGAGAUGACAUACUUGAAGCCCACCUUCUGUGAACACUGUGCUGGAUUUCUCUGGGGAAUCAUCAAACAGGGCUACAAGUGCAAAGACUGUGGUGUUAACUGUCAUAAACAGUGUCGGGAGCUGCUGGUUCUGGCCUGUAGGAAGCUGAUCCGUUCCAGCUCUCUGAGCAGCGUUUCACCAGCCAGACUGACCCACAGCUCACUGCCCAGCAGCCCGGCCGUGCCCACCUGUGGAGAUGAGGAUGAGGUGUUUGCGUUCCCAGUAGUCACAUCAGCAGGUCCAGCUCUGGACUCUCAGUCUAUCACCCUGAUGACUGGGUCAGCCCAGAGGAUCUCUGUGCGCCUGCAGAGGGCUACCACCAGCCAGGCCACCCAGACCGAUCCCCUGUGGCCCGAACACAACUGGGGGGCCACAAAUGGCGGCUCACACACCUUCCCCAAAAUGAAAUGCAGGACGCACAGGAAAACAUCCAAAAGUAAAGGUUUUGCCUGCUGGGAAAACCAGAAGGAGCAGACAGUUUCUGCAUGGUGCACCAUGGACUCUCGGGAGAAGUCUGCCGUCUCAGGAGAGCUUGUACACAACGGGAUUACACACAGAGGGAAGGCCAGCUGACUUGAUCACUUUGGUGAGGGCCAGUCCCUGGGCUCCAGAAAGCCCCUAGGGGCUGGGACCAGGAAGCUCUUCUCUCUGGCGGAUGUUCUGGGUUGCCUGAGGUCCCACUUCAGUGACCUGGAGUUAUCAUGUCCUCUCUAGUCGCCAGCACAAGCAGAGAUACAUGUGGAUGCCGUGUAGCUGCAUGAAAGGACAAAAUGUGUGGUCUCUGGCAGAGAUCACAAAAAUGAAACAGAUGUUAAUUACAUGAAGAGACCUCCACCUUGGCAGCAUAAUUGGCUUGGGAUCGUGUGGAUUACUAAAAUGUAAUUUAGGUCUGAGUUUGAUUCAGUAUGUACAUAACAUCAGCACUUGAAAAAGUGAAGAAACAUUUUUUAAACUUCACAAUAGUGUGGAAUGGAUUCAGUUUAGUCACCCAGUUACUUUAUGUAAGCCAGCUUUUUAAUUCCAGAUUGGGUGCAGCAAGCAAGUUUAUGAUGGUCAUUUCCCAAGUUGGACUGAUCGGAAAAAGCAUGAUGAAUAUGGGAGAGUUUGUUCAUAUGUGUAUGGUGAGUUAAAAAAAGGGAAAGUCUAAAUGAAAGUGAAUUUUAAGGGCAUCCAACCCAUCCGACGUAUACAACUUUGAAGAUUGACGGUUCUGAAAAACCUGGAUUCUGUUAAAUGAUGUUUCUGAGUGUUCAUUGCCAAUGUUUUUAAUGUAUUGCCUCUCUCUUCUCUGUUGUCCUCCUGCUGAACCUUUCAUCAGCCUUUGAC